AUGGCCACGGCUGUAGCUACUAACUCCAGCGGGGACCGGGAGGCUUCCCACGAAAGCCUGGUCAUUCUGACCCUGGCCAUCUGCCUGUUCGGGCUGCUGGGGAAUGGGGUCCUCGUGUGGCUCCUCUGCUUCUGCGUGAAGAGCAGCCCCUUCUCCGUCUAUUCCUGCAACCUGGCCGUUGCCAACUUUCUCCUCCUCUUCAGCAUGGCGCUCUUGUUUAUUCUCGAGAGGCCCGAGCUGGCUCUCCGGCCCAAGAGUGUUUCCAGGGUGUUUCAAAGCGUCCGGUACUUGGCUUACAUGCUCGGGCUGAGCCUCCUGACGGCUGUCAGCGCUCAGCGCUGUCUGGCCCUGGUCUUCCCUGCGUGGUAUCGGCGGCACCAGCCCAAGCGGCUGUCUGCCCGGGUGUGUGCUGGCCUCUGGGCUCUGGCCACCCUGCAGACGGUGCUGGCCACUUCUUUCUGUGUCCAGUCCGCCACGCAGGCUUCGUGUCGCAGGGUGUUCUGGCUUUCCCUGCUCUCGGUUUUUGGCGUCUUCACUCCGGUGAUGUGUGUGUCCAGCGUGACUCUGUUUAUCAAAGUCCAGAGGGCCUGCCCGCCCCACCAGCCGCUCACCCCCUACAUCAUCCCUGUGGUCACCCAGGUACUGGUGUACGUGGCCUGUGCCCUGCCCCUGGGCCUCUCCUGGUUCUUCCUUCACCCGUCCCUGCAGGACGGGGAGGAGAAGCGAGUUUUCUACGACGUGGUCAGACUCUUCUCUUGCGUCAGUAGCACAAUCAAUCCUUUCCUCUACUUCUUGGGGGGGAGUCAGGAAGCAGAGACUCUGCCAGCCCCUUCGGGGACUGCUUCCAAGGGUCCUGGGGAGAGAGGGGAGACCCUUGGGCCAGGGGGAGAAAGUGGGGCCCAACGCACUGUUGGCCAGCUCUCUGGAGGAGCUGCCUAG